AUGCUCAGGGCGCUGCUGCUGGCCACCGCGGCGGCGGCGGUGGCCGCCGACUCCCCUCGUCCUGACCUGGCCUCGCCCGGCGCCUCGCCGCCAGUCUCGCUGGAAGACAUCGCGGCACCCGACGCUCCGCCGGCCGACAGCAGCGACAGCGAGGAGCGGCGUCCGACGCCUCUAACGCCGCCCGCGGCGCCACUGCCGACUGUCGGUCAAACGGUGCAGCCCCGCUCGUCGGGCUUUCCCCAGUGGCCGCGGCGCCCGGGCACCAAACCACCGGCCGGAGGAGCAGGAAAGGUGCACCUGGAGGACGAGGUGCACUUGGAGGAGGAGGAGGAGGAGGAGGAGGAGGAGGAGGAGGAGGAGGAAGAGAUAGUGGAGGAGGAGGACGACGAUGACGAUGACGACGAGGAGGAGAUUGUUCCAGACACGCUGAAAGACGAGAUGCGGGCAAGGACGACAGAGGAAGAGGCGCCGCCGCCGCUAGAGCGCACCGGGAUGGACGCGGGGGCGCCGCCGGCCGCCGCAGAGGCGGCAGCGGCGGCCGAGGCUGCGGCAGCAGAGGCGGUUGCGGUAGAGUCAGCCGAGGUGGAGGCAGUGGCGCCAAAGGAGGCGGAGGAGGCAGCCUAUGCGGAGGCGGCUGCGGAGGCGGCUGCGGAGGCGGCAAAGGCGCAGGCAGAGGCGGAGGGAGGGGCCGAUAUUACCGCGGCCGAGGCGGAGGCGGCGCGCCGGCUGGACGCGAAUCUAAAGGCCAAGGCGGAGGCGGAGACGACUCGUUCGCGACUCGCGCGUCUCAAGGAGGCCGCCCAGGCGGAGGUCGCCAAGGCGGAGGCGGAGGCGGAGGCGGAGGCGGAGCUCAACGCGGCGGCGGAGGCGGCGCGGCGAGCCGAGGAGGCGGCCGCCGCCGAGGCGGCGCGUGCGGAGGAGGCGGCGAUGGACGCGGCGAUGGCAGCGUCGGAGGUCUCCGACCUCCCUCCUGCCUCCCCUCUGCCCGCCGCGCCGCCCGGUGCCGGCGAGGCAGCAGGCGCUCUGCCUCCCUCGCGGCCCCCGCCGCCCGACGCGAGCGCAGAGGAGGCGCUUGCACCGCCACGGCCGCAGCUUCCGCCGAACGGCACCGCCAGCCGCGCGACCAUCACCCUCGAGGUCGACUUCGCGCUCGCCACCGCGCAGCGCGCAGCCUUCGACGCCGCCUUCGCGAGCGACAUCUCCCGCCCCCUCGCCGUGGAGGAGGAGGCCGUCUCGGUCCUCUCCCUCUCCGCAGGCUCGACCGCGGUCGUCUUUGAAGUGGCGGGCGUGGCGGACGCGGGCCGCGCGCUGCAGGAGGAGGCGGAGCUCUUUUUCGACGCCGUGGCGGAGCAGGUCAACGGCGGAGAGCCGGUCGGCAGCCGCGACCUCGCCAGCUUGCCUCCAGCGGCAGCGCCGCACGACCCUCGGCGUGGCGGACACGCGCCAGCGGCGCCCGCGCAAGCUCCGCCGGAGGAGGAGGAAGCGCCGGAGGAGGCGCCAGCUCCUCUGCCCUUCUCCUCGCCGCCGGAAGGGCCCGCCUUGCACCCUCCGGGCGCGCCUGAGACAGCGCCUGAGACAGCGCCCGAGACAGCGCCUGAGACAGCGCCCGAGACGGCGCCCGAGCCGGAGGAAGAGACUCUCGAGGAGGCCGACAGCCACGACGGCGGCGCCGGCGCCCCCGAGCCGUUGCCGCCCGCCGCGCCGCCCGAGGAGGCGGGAGAGGAGGCGCCGCCAGGGCCGCCCGCCCGUCCGGGGGAGGAUGUCGCGGGUGCGGACGAGUCGCCCCUCGACGAGCCGCCCCUUGACCCGUACGCCUACGGCGACGCGCUCGACGGCGGUAUCGACGGCGAGGCGCCCGCGCCCGGCGGCCCCCCCGAGGAGGUUGAGCCGCCCGAGGAGCAGCCCCCGCCCGCCCCGUCGGAGGAGGCGCACGAGGAGGCGCCCCCCUCCAUCGAGGCGCCCUCUCCCGCAGACGCGCCGCCGGCGGGCGACGAGGACCCUCCCCUGCCCGCGUCAUCACCGGCUCCGCUUCCCGACCCCGCCCCCGCCGAUCCGCCGCCCCCCGCCGGACCCUCCAUCGCCGAGCGCGCCGCCGCCGCCGCCGCCGCCGCCGCCUCCGCCGCCGCCGCCACUGCGCGGGGGGCGGCCACCGCGCUCUCUGCGCUCGCCGGCGGCGACGCGAGCGCGCACGAUCCCGCCGCGGCCGCCAACCAGCGGUCGCUGCUGCCCAUGCUUGCCCUCUCCGGCGCCGCACUCCUCGCCCGCUCGCCGCACCUGCAGCCCUUCUUCGCCGCCGCCGCCGCGCCCGCCGUGCUGCUCCCGGCCUCUUCGAUGCAGCGGCUGCUUUCGCUCGCGGGUGGAGGCGACGCGCGCGCUUGCGUGCUCGACGACGGAGUCGAGGCGUGGGCGAUCGCCGGCCUGGCGCCUGGCGGAGGCGCGCUUGGCGGAGGCGCGCCGGGCGGAGGCGCAGCCUCGCGGCUGCCCCACCUGCUCCGCUGCGUCGCCACCGCCGCCGCGCUCGCGCUGUACAGCCGCGCCGCUCCGCGCGCGCGGCGCGGCGCCGAAGCGGGCGCGCUCGUCGCCACCUUUGCCGUCGGCGCCCUCCUCGACGACGGCCUGCUCGCGCCUCCCCGCGGCGCCGCCCCGGCAGACGAGCUGCUCGCGGCGCGGCACGCGUGCGGCGGCAGCGCCUCGCUCAGCCUGCUCGGGGCGGCCCUCGUCGCCUCUCUCGCCCUCGCGCGCGCGCGCUGGCCGCACGCAUGCGCCGCUUCGCUCGGCCUCUUUUGCCGCUGCGCGCCGCCGCUGCUGCCUUUCCUGCCCUUGCCGCUCCUCCACCUGGUCGGGGAGCACUGCUUCGACAACGACGAGGUGGGCGCCGCCAAGCGCCGGGCCGACGACGAGGGGUGGCGCGGAGGCGGCCACGACGAGGGCGACGGCGUCGGCUACGGCGCCAUGCAAGGCGCGGGAGGGGCGGGGCUGCGGCGGCGCGGCGGCGGCGGCAGGCAGCGCGAGGAGCCGACCGGGUGGGGCGGGGCAGUGGGCCACCCAUCGCCGCCGCCGCUUGCCGGCGCGGCGGGCCGUCCACUGCUGCCGGAUGUCGCGUCCCGCGUGGCGGACAGGUUGGCGGGCACGGAGGGCGAUGAGCCGAGUCCGUCGAUUGCCGCCGCCAUCGGCGCCGAGCCGACCGACUUCAGCGGCCGCUUCGCGAGCGCUUUUGCAGCCGGCGAUUGCGCGGCGAGCGGCGCCUCAGUUUGGUCGCUGGGUUCUGCGUUCUUUGCCCCUCCCGCAUCGCACGCCGACCCUGACGCGCCGGCGGCGGAGGCGGCACACACGCCGCCGCCGCGGUGGGCGGCGGCGCUCGGCGUGCUUCUCGUGCCGGGCUGCUCGCGCGCAACGCUGCCGCUGCUGCUCGCCGCAACCAUCACCGUCGCCGCGCCGGCGGGCGCGCGCGUGCUGCUGCUGCUGCUCGCUCGCCGGCUCGCCGCCACCGCCUCCGUCGCGAGCCUCGCCGAUCUGCCGGUGGCUCUAUUCAUGGCGGCGCUCCUCCUGCUCCUCGUCGCCCGCGCGCUCGCGGCAUCGGUGGCCGCCGCCGCCCCUGACAGCCAGCGCUCUGCGCUGCUUCCCCCGCUCUGGGCGGCGAUCUUGGCAGCCGUGGCGGCCGCCACGGCCGCUAGCCGCGGCGGGCAAGAGUUUGUCGGGGCGGUGCUCGCCCCUGCUGCGCGGCUCGACCUCGGCGUCGAUCUGAAGCAGGGCCUGGCUCCGGCUGGGUGGGCGGGAGGGGUGAACGCGAUCGCCGCUGCCGUGUUCGCCGCGCUCAUCCUCGCGCUGGCGCAUGCGAGCGCCGACCCGAGCGCCGACGCUGGCGCCGGCAGCGGCAGUCUCGACGCGCCCAGCAACGUGGGGGCGCCGGCUUUGGCGAUGGCGGCAGGCGGCGGCGGUGCGGCCGCGGCGGAGGCGGAGGCGAGGGCGGAGGCGAGGGCAGCCGAGGCGGAGGCGCGGCACGAAAGGGCGAUGGCGGAGCAGCGGUCGGCGCUUGAGGCGCGCGCUCUGCAGGCGGAGGCCAGCUUGGCGGCGGCAGAGGCGCGCGCAGAGGAGCUCGGCCGUAGCUUGGCCACGCAGGCCGCGCAGCCGCCGCCCGCCGCCGAGGUUGCCGCCGGCAAUGGGGUUGCGUGGCAUGGGCACAGCGCCACCCCUCCCUUUGACCGGUCGGCAAAGGCCGCGGCGCCCGGGCCUUCUGCGUAUGACUCCGCCGCCCCAACUCCCGCGACACCCGGCAACUCCGCCCCUCCGCCGGUCGCUCACCAGACGACGCCGCGCCUCGCGGCUGCCAUGCCCCCAAGCACGCCCACGGGCGCGCUCUUCCCCGUUGAUCCCGGUGUGGCAGCCGACGUUCCGCCCGGCGCCCCGUCCGGCGGGCUCUACCCCGUCGGCGCCGGUGCGGCAGGCGAGAGCAUCUUCGCACCAUGUCACUGCCUUUGUCACGCUGCGGUGCCCUGUGGCACCUGCUGCAACGAAGAAGGCACCCAGUGCUACUAUGCCUGGGUGUACUGCAGUGGCGCUCACGGCAUGGGCGUAAUCGCGUCCGACGGGGGCAAGAAGUUCGCCACCGACUGGUUUUGCAUGAGCUGCGGCGAAUACGUGCUCGAGGACGCGCCCACGGGCGCUCCUCCGACUAUUGCGAUGGAGCGCUGA